AUGAAAUACUCCUUCGUUACUCUGGCCGCAGUGGCCGGAGCUGCACUCGCGGCACCUCCGCCCUCCGCCAUCGACAGCUUCGGCCCGGAUUUCUUCACCCCUUUCUGCAACCUCGACUACAAGGGCAAGCCAUGCGAGGAGCUCGUUGGGAAGGGCGACAAGAAUGCCGAUGCCAUCUGCAAGGCUGGCCGUGAGCAUUUCUGCGGCCCUCAGAAGCGUGAUGCCGUUCCUGAGCCUCAGCCCGACCCUGUCGCUGAUCCUAUGCCUUGGUGUACAUGGCGUGGACAGCCCUGCUGGAAGGAAAAGAUGAAAGCCAAACGUGAAGCUAUUCCCGAGCCUAUUGCAGCUCCUCAACCCGAUCCUGUUGCCGACCCUAUGCCCUGGUGCACUUGGCGUGGUCAACCUUGCUGGAAGGAAAAGAUGGCUAAACGAGAGGCCAUCGCCGAGCCAGUUGCUGCACCCAAGCCUGAUCCCGUUGCUGAGCCCAUGCCGUGGUGCACUUGGCGAGGCCAGCCAUGCUGGAAGGAAAAGAUGAAGGCCAAGCGUGAAGCUGAAGCUAUUCCCGAGCCCAUCGCCGCUCCUCAACCCGAUCCCGUUGCCGACCCCAUGCCAUGGUGUACCUGGCGUGGUCAGCCAUGCUGGAAAGAGAAGAUGGCCAAACGCGAGGCUAUCCCUGAACCAGUUGCUGCUCCCCAACCCGACCCUGUCGCCGAUCCCAUGCCCUGGUGUACCUGGAGGGGCCAACCCUGUUGGAAGGAGAAGAUGGCUAAGCGUGAGGCUAUUGCUGAACCCGUCGCCGCUCCUCAACCUGAUCCUGUCGCUGAACCUAUGCCCUGGUGUACCUGGAGAGGUCAGCCUUGCUGGAAGGAAAAGAUGCGCAUGGCCAAGCGUGAGCCUGAAGCUAUCCCCGAACCCGUCGCUGCCCCCAAGCCUGAUCCAGUUGCUGAACCUAUGCCCUGGUGCACAUGGCGCGGACAGCCCUGCUGGAAGGAGAAGAUGAAGCUCAAGACCCGCGAAGCCGCUCCCGAGGCUGAGAACGAACCUAGAUGGUGCAUGUGGCGAGGCCAGCCUUGCUGGAAGAAGACCAAGCGUGAUGCUACUCCUGAGCCUUGGUGCAUGUGGCGUGGACAACCUUGUUGGAAGGCUAAGCGCGACGCUGCUCCCGAGCCCUGGUGUAUGUGGCGAGGUCAGCCAUGCUGGAAAGCCAAGCGUGAUGCUGGUCAAGCUCUCUCCAACGCCCUCCACGCAACUCGAUCUCUCGACACCCGAUCCGCCGACGCACCCAGCACCGCUCAUCUCCCCCGCGACGCCGCCCACAAGGCCAAGCGCUCCAUCGUCGAGCUCGCCAACCUGAUCGCCCUCUCUGCCCGCGGCAGUCCCGAGGAGUACUUCAAGAGCCUCGAGCUCGAGACCUUCUUCCCCGACGCUGCUCCUAACGCUACCGCCAAGCGCGACCUCAACACUCUUCAGGAGGAUAAGCGCUGGUGCAUGUGGCGAGGACAGCCUUGCUGGAAGGCCAAGCGCGCUGCUGAGGCAGUUCUCGAUGCCGUUGAUGGCGAUGACGGUGCUACUGGUCCUGGAGGUCCCGACUCUCACUACGAUGCUCGGGAUUUCAAGGCUGAGAACUUUGCGGCCAAGCGAGAUCUCAUUGCUAUCAAGGCAGCAGCUCGCAGCAUUGCCGACAUGCCCGAGGAAUAA